CUUAAACGAAAGAGGAUAAAUAAUAAUAGCCCCUAAGGCAAACCUAAAACUUAUAUCCAAUAACGACCAUGUGUUGCGGACCUUGCGGACCCUGCGGACCUUGUGGACCACGUUGCAACAAUCCCUGCGGCGGCUGUUACAGCUGUUGCGUUGAAUUGUGCUGCGUGCCCUGCACUCCGGCCUAUAUUCAGUCUACUAUCAUGCCCUGCGGUCCCAGUGGUUGCUGUUAAGACAUGGACAUGGACAUGGAGCUGCCAAAUGGGAAAGAAUAAGAUCAAAGGUCCAUCUAACGAUUUUAAGAUGGAUUUAGCCACAACGUACAACAAAAAAGUAAUGUAAUCCUUGAGAAAAAAAUACUGAAUAAAUGCGGUUUCGUAAGCAUU